AUGAUAUCAUUUGAGGGGGGGGACGAUCUGCUACCUAGAGGCAAUGUAUCACGUUUGGGUGUUUCCAGUUUGGAUGAUAUCCAGUGCAAUCGCUGGGAAUCAGCUUUCAUCUCUAGCUGGAAGAUACUAGCAGCAAAAAUAAUCGACCUUGCAAUUCCAAUUGUAGGACUUCGCUUAGACCCAUCGAAAGAUGUUGCGUUGGUCACGGGAGGUUCCGGUGGGUUGGGAAGGCAACUUGUUUCAGAGUUACAUAAAAAGAGAAUAAUUACGGUUAUUUUAGACAUUGUUCCUCCAUCCGGUUUAGAGAAGUGUAGUAAUAUACAUUUUUAUCCCUGUGAUAUCUCAGCUCCAAAAAUAAUUGCAGACGUUCAUCAGAAGAUUUUGAGGGAAGUUGGCCAAGUUACGAUAUUGAUAAACAACGCUGCCAUCACGUCGGAUCAUACCUUAGAAUCAGUUGAUAACGAUAGGAUAGAAAAAAUAAUCCAUGUUAACCUACUUGGGGCCUACUCUUUGAUAAGGGAAUUUGUACCCUCAAUGCUUGAAGUUGAGCGAGGAUACAUAGUAAACAUUGCGUCGGUCUUGGGGUUUGUAUCGCCUGCGAGACUUACCGCGUAUGGUGCGUCCAAGGGCGGUUUAAUUGCAUUACAUGAGUCACUUAUAGCAGAAUUAGAGCAGCACAUGCUAAUAAACAUAGUUAAUCCUGCCUAUCCGCCAUUAGUGAGACGUAGGGGUACCAUAAGGAGUUUACUAGUAUGUCCGGGGAAGAUAGAUACCAAGAUGUUUGACAAUGCACAGUCACCAUCCAAAAUAAUCGCGCCGGAUUUGGAUCCUGAGUAUCUUGCCAAAGAAAUUGUGAAAGCCAUCGAAAAUAAUAGGUCUGGAACCCUUAAGCUACCCUAUUAUACGAAUAUGAUGUCCUAUUUUAAGGCGUUAGAUUGGCCUUGGUUUACCCUCUUUCGAGUAAAGUCCGGUGUAGACACAAUAAUUUCUGAAAGGCCAGAGGCAGCAACUCCCGAGGAAUAG